AUGACCGAUGUGCAAAUACAAAACCAAACUAGUUUGAAUACUAGUAAAAAAGAGUUUGAGAGUAGAUAUGAUGAAAGGGCGCUUAGAAUUUUGUGCGUAAAAAACAUAUCAAAAGAGACAAAAGAAAGUGAACUGUUGGACUUAUUCAAACAAUUUGGUUCUAUCGAAAGUAUAAACCUUAAAGUGAACACAAGUAUCGGACCGUAUGCCAUAUAUGCCCACGUUCUGUUUAGCGCUCCCGAGGAGGCUAAGAGAUGUCUAAAGCAAAUGAACGGGAAGUUUCUAAAUGGAAGAGCUUUACGAAUUGAUUUCAAAAGGUACAACAACAAAGUAGAUGACGAUAACGAUGAGGAUGAAAGUGGCAUUUAUAACAACUACCCCUACAUGGGCAGCAACAACAGCGGUGGUAACAAUAGUGGCGGCAUGAACAGCGGCGCAAACAUGACUGGCCCCGCGAACGGCGGCAACAAGUUCAGCCGAAAAAUGAAUCGGAACAACCAGUUCUACAACAACAGAUACCCCAACAGUAACAAGCGCAUGGCGAGAAAUGAUGUCAUCCCAAAUGAUGAUAGCGUCAACCCGUACGACUCGGAGGCAGCCAGUUUUAGGGAACACGGGCAUGCAAACAAGCGACUCCGCACAGCCGGAAGCAACUCCAUGGAGAACGUCCACUUGGGCGGCGCGAGCAGUUUGAGCGGCCUGCCCAGCGGAAGCGGCAACGACGUAGAGAUUAACAAGUUGAUAAGGACGCACGAAGAGAAUAAAAUGAUGAAUAAACCUCUUGGAGACGCAAAAAAUAAGCAACUGGAAGAAAUGUCACAAUCAUCAGUUAAGGAUGGCAUGAACAAACCCCCCAGGAUAAAACUCUACCUGUGUGUCCAUUUGAGGCAGUGCGCCCAGCACGUCUUUAACAGGCCCGCCGUAGACAUCACAAUCGCUACCAAUACAAUAAGCAACACGCAUAAUAGCAGUGUGGUUAGUAACGAAUUCAAGGGGAAUAAUACCCUCAUGAGUGCAAGUGGUACCAAUCCUGGUGCCCCACUGUACCACUCCGAACAGAAUAACCUUUUAACAGGGGGGAAGAAUUCUCCCACUUUGAAAGAACCGAACAAGCACCACAUGCUGAACAGUGGGAUAGCAAACAAGGAAGGGGGGCAGCUCCACGGAAAUGAUAAACUCUUAACUGGCAUGCAUAGCAGUGGAGGUUCCAUCCCCAACACGGGAUUGAACAGCCCCACUAGCAAUGUAAAGUACGCCCUGUGGAAAGGAACCCUCGAAAUGAAGAAUAAAAAAAAUCUGAGCGUCAUCGGAUAUGCCCUAAACGGGGAUGUAAAAAAAUUUCUGAACAAUGGCAUCUCCAGCAUAGUUAUAAGUCACCGGAAAAAAAUGAAAACUCUUCCCAAAAUAGAAGCCACGUAUUAUUUCCAAAUAGAGAACAAAGAAGACGAAUCCAUUUUGGAUGCCUAUAGAAAUUAUUUUAAUAGUAAGGAUAGAGUAGGGUUGUCCUCCACAAGUGAUGACUGGCAUAUGUAUCUUAUCUUUCCGGGAAGUCCCAUUUUUAAAGAAUUCUGCAACUCCGUUGGAGGUGUUAACAGCUUUGGAGGUGGAAACAGCUCGAACAAUUUUAAUAAUAUCUUCCUGGGGGUUGUCUGUUAUAACCCGCAAUUUUUCGAUAAAAAAAAUGGUGUAGCAAUGUUGGGGACGCAGCUGCAGGAUGGUGUGGCCGCUCAGACUGGUAUGGCUGCCCAACCUGGUAUGGCUGCCCAACCUGGCGUGGCUGCCAAUUUUAAUCUGCAACAAUCCCCCGUGACCAAUGCCAGCCAAACCCAUGUGAACAAGAACUUUCAAAAUUUGAACCAUCAUCAGAACAAGUUUCCCAGCUCAGUUGCAGCGGUGGGUGCCGGGCGAAUGAUGAACAGUAACAUUAACGGAAACAACCACGGUGGUCUUUAUGGCGAUUUUGCUAAGCAGGGGGGAGGUGGUGGCCCAGGCAACGUAGUGAAUAAUAAUUUCCCGCUUCACAGCAACACGUUCAAGAACGCACAAGGGGUGAGGAAGAAUAACCUCCUCGUAGCUAACAACGUGCCCCACGGCAGCAGUAACAACUAUGGUGGCUUCCCCAAUGCGAACAAGCCCGAUGCAACCGCAGCAGUGACAACGCAGGUCGUGCCAUCCCGCAGUGAUCUUAACGCUCAAAAAGGGGUUAUAGCAGCCCAGAAUAACUCUGCCACCCAGCUGAACCAGGAGAAUGGUGCCUCCAAUGAGUUAAGCGAACCAACUCGAAAGGAAGAAAACAAAAAUGAAGUCCCCAAUUGGCUCAAUCAGUUUAGUUCGUUAGCAGCAUAUCUUGUUAAAAAAUAGGAUUUAAAAAAAAAUGUUCCAUCUCGCUUUAUCAUUUUGCCUCCCUCGAUUUUUUUUUUUUUUUUUUGUCACUUUUUUGUUUUGUUUGUCACGCCCCUGGUGGAUUAUGCCUCCAUUUAUCGUUAUAUCAUUAAAGU